UCAUCUCUUUUCAAUGGCGGUUCUUCUUUUCUUCUUCUUUUUGUUGUUCGACAUUUCAAGGGCGAUUCCGGUGCUUGAUUUCUCUAAGCUCAAUGGCCACGAGAGGGCCAAAACACUAGCUCACAUUGCUAAUGCAUGCGAGGAUUGGGGAUUUUUUCAUCUGGUGAACCAUGGGAUUGCAGAGGAUCUGCUGGAGAGAGUGAAGAAGGUUUCAACAGAUUUCUAUAAGCUGGAAAGGGAAGAGAAUUUCAAGAACUCGAAGGUGGUGAAAUUGUUGAAUGAAACUGGUGACAAAAAGUUGGAGAAUGUGGAUUGGGAAGAUAUUGUAACUUUGACGGAUGAUAAUGUAAAUGAAUGGCCGUCUCAAACACCAGGAUUUAAGGAAACCUUUAAGGAAUUCAGAUAUGAGCUGAAGAAAUUGGCUGAAAAAAUCUUGGAAGUAUUGGAUGAAAACUUGGGGUUACCAAAAGGGCACAUUAAGAAGGCUUUCGACGGUGAAGAAGGUGAAAACAAUGCCUUCUUUGGCACAAAGGUGAGUCACUAUCCGCCAUGCCCGAACCCUGAAAGGGUCAUUGGUCUUCGACCCCACACCGAUGCCGGUGGCCUCAUCUUACUCUUUCAAGACGACGAAGUGGGCGGCCUUCAAGUAUGGAAAGAUGGGGAAUGGAUCGAUGUGGAGCCGUUGAAGAACACGAUCGUGAUCAGCGUCGGUGAUCAGAUCGAGGUGAUUAGCAAUGGGCGAUAUAAGAGCGCUUGGCACCGUGUUUUCAGCACCACUGAUAGCAACAGGCGAUCCGUUGCUUCGUAUUAUAACCCUUCACAUAAAGCCACCAUUGCUCCUGCACCACAACUGAUGAAGGAAACGAAUGAAGAAUGGAAUCAAGCUUAUCCCAAAUUUGUGUUUGGUGACUAUAUGUCUGUUUAUUAUCAGCAAAAGUUCCACCCGAAAGAACCAAGGUUCCAAGCUGUAUCGGCCAUGUGAAGAUAAUAAGCUCUAAAACAUGAAAUCACAUACGAUCUCUUUUUUCUUUUUCUUUUUCCUUUUAGAUUUUACUUUGUUUCUUAGUUUAUGGAGAGCCCUUUCUUUUCCCUAAACAUAAAACUACAGGGAAGGAUUGAGAAUGCUGUAUAUUCUAGGCUGUUUGCUUAUUUUUGUUGAUGAAGAUAUAUUAU